CUCCCAAAAUGGCCAAAAGAAUUGCUGAGAAAGAAUUGACUGACAGAAACUGGGACCAAGAAGAUGAGGUCGAGGAGGUGGGCACCUUCUCUGUGGCCAGCGAGGAGGUACUGAGGAGCAGAGCCAUCAAGAAGGCCAAGCGCAGGAACCCUAGCACAGAGCCUGAUGGCGGAGGUGCCUUCCAAGGCUUCAAAGGUCUGGUCGCCCCAUCUGGAGGCAGCGUCGUGGGCUUUGGCAUAGUUGGGAAGCCGCUGGAGGGACUGACCAACGGGACUGGCAUCUCCCCACUCACCAGCACCCCCAAGGCCGUCCUGGGUGCCGCCAACGGCCCGGCCUCCUUGGGGAACACGAAGGGCCCCAAGCCCCGCAAUGGGGAUGCGCAGCAGCCACCCUCCGGAUCAGCCCCUGGUAGCGCCUACCACAAACAGCUGGCGGCCCUCAACCGCUCGGUGCGGGACUGGAUCGUGAAGCACGUGGAUGCAAACCCCCUAUGCGACCUGACCCCCAUCUUCACCGACUACGAGAAGUACCUGGCUGGCAUCGAGCAGCAGCACGGCGGAGCCCGGAGUGAGUUCGGAAGCGAAGCCAGCCAGGCUUCCGGGGAGUCGGAGGCAACCUCGCUGUUUGGUGCCCCCAAGUCACAGCCCUCGGCGGCCUUCUCAUUUCACACCAGUGAUGACUCCUCAGAAGGCGCCUCGGCCAAGGCGGAGCCAGCGGCCACCAGCACGGGCGUCUCAUUCAGCUUCGGCAAGAAGGUCGACAGCUCUGUCCUGACCACGCUCAGCCCCACACCCCUGCCCGGGCUUUCAUUUUCCUCUAGCAACACCAAUUUAUUUGGCAAAGAUACUCCCCAGAACAAGCCCACUGCCUCGCCCUUCUCCAAGGAGGUUGUGGAAGGCCAGGGGGAAGGUGGCAGUGGCGGCAAAGGCACUGCCGAAGACGAGGACAGUGAUGAGCCACCCAAGGUCGUCGUCACGGAAGUGAAAGAGGAAGAUGCUUUCUAUUCCAAGAAGUGCAAACUCUUCUACAAGAAGGACGAUGAGUUCAAGGAGAAGGGCAUUGGGACCCUGCACCUGAAGCCCACAGCCAACCAGAAGACGCAGCUGCUGGUGCGCGCCGACACCAACCUUGGCAACAUCCUCCUGAAUGUGCUGGUGCCCCCCAACAUGCCGUGCACACGGACUGGCAAGAACAACGUCCUCAUCGUGUGUGUCCCCAACCCGCCGCUGGACGACAAGAACCCCAGCGUGCCUGUGCCCAUGCUGGUGCGGGUCAAGACGGCGGAAGAUGCUGACGAGCUGCAUCGGAUCCUGCUGGAGAGACGCGGUGGCCCCUGAGAGCCGCCCCAGCC